UGUAACUUCUCUGCCUUCGAUCUGAGCUCGGAGAUCUUUGAGAUUUCGAUCGGUCCUUGGAAAUGUGGAAGAGAACGAUGCAUCUGGCGGUGGCUGCUCUUCUAUUGCUCUUUGGCGUACCUGGAGUCGCGUCGGACGCCUCCGAUCAUUGCUACAAGAAGGGCGACCACGUCCCCCUCUACGUCAACAAGGUUGGCCCUUUCCACAACCCCAGCGAGACGUAUCGCUAUUUCGAUCUACCAUUUUGCACCCCAGAGCAUGUGACAGAGAAAAAAGAAGCACUUGGAGAAAUUCUGAACGGGGAUCGCCUAGUCGAUGGUCCAUACAAGCUUGAUUUCCGUGUAGAUCGUGAGUCUGAAUUACUUUGCAAGAAGAAACUUACGAAAGAAAAUGUGGCCAAGUUCAGGAGUGCAGUUUCUAAGGACUAUUACUUUCAGAUGUACUAUGAUGAUCUUCCUCUUUGGGGAUUCAUUGGGAAGGUUGAACAUGAUGGCAAAGAACUUGGAGAACUCAGAUACUUCCUCUACCAGCGGUUCCACUUCGAAGUCUUUUACAACAGUGACAGGGUGAUUGAAAUUUCUGUCCAAACUGAUCGCAAUACACUGUUGGAUGUGACUGAUGAUAAGGAAAUUGAAGUUGAAUUUUUGUAUUCUGUUAAGUGGAAGGAGACCACCAUACCGUUUGAGAAGAGGAUGGAGAGGUAUUCACAGGCUUCUUCACUACCUCAUCACCUAGAGAUCCAUUGGUUCUCCAUUAUAAACUCUUCCGUGACAGUUCUUCUCUUGACUGGAUUUCUUGCCACGAUUCUCAUGCGGGUGCUGAAGAAUGAUUUUGUCAAGUAUGCACAUGAUGAGGAGUCUGUCGAGGAUGAAGAAGAAACUGGAUGGAAGUAUAUUCAUGGGGAUGUCUUUAGGUUCCCAAAGUACAAGUCUUUACUGGCUGCUUGUCUUGGUUCUGGCACACAGUUAUUUACUCUCACGGUUUUCAUUUUCAUUCUUGCACUUGUUGGAGUUUUCUACCCCUAUAAUCGCGGGGCUCUUUUCACUGCCCUUGUGAUCAUUUAUGCACUUACCUCUGGUAUUGCUGGAUAUGCUGCUACUUCCUUUUAUUGCCAGCUAGAAGGAACAAACUGGGUAAGGAAUUUGCUAUUGACAGGAUCCCUUUUUUGUGGGCCUCUGUUCCUUAUGUUCUGCUUUCUUAACACUGUUGCCAUCGUCUAUAAUGCCACUGCAGCAUUACCAUUUGGAACUAUUGUUGUUAUUGUUCUUAUUUGGGCUCUAGUGACCUCUCCUCUACUUGUUUUGGGUGGAAUUGCUGGUAAAAACAGUAAAGCGGAGUUCCAAGCACCUUGUCGCACAACAAAAUAUCCAAGAGAGAUCCCUGAAUUGGCAUGGUAUCGACAAACUGUUCCACAAAUGAUAAUGGCUGGUUUUCUUCCUUUCAGUGCAAUAUAUAUUGAGCUUUACUACAUAUUUGCGAGUGUGUGGGGACACAGAAUAUAUACUAUAUAUAGCAUUCUAUUCGUUGUCUUCAUCAUCCUCAUCAUCGUGACUGCUUUUAUUACCGUUGCACUCACCUACUUUCAACUUGCUGCUGAAGACCAUGAGUGGUGGUGGAGAUCUUUCCUAUGCGGAGGGUCAACCGGCCUCUUUGUCUACGGGUACUGUUGGUAUCACUACUAUGCUCGCUCCUACAUGUCAGGAUUCAUGCAGACAUCAUUCUUCUUUGGAUACAUGGCUUGCAUCUGCUAUGGCUUCUUCUUGAUGCUCGGCACGGUUAGUUUCCAUGCCGCGCUGCUCUUCGUUCGUCACAUAUACCGUUCCAUCAAGUGCGAGUAGAUUACAUAUAGCAAAUUGUAUUGGCUUCAUGGAUGGAUUCACGUCGGUGACUGUUGAUGAUAGCACUGGUUCGAUUUGGAGAUCAGGAGUUCCAGUAGAUGUAGUAGUCAUAUAUAGAGUUGCACACUUUUGUGCUGCCUGUCAUCAGUCAAAUCUUCCUCAACUUCCACUUGUAUGUUUGUCGAUGUUUGUAAUACAUAAAUACGUGCAUUUGUGAGACAGAUUUUCUUGCUAUAUUUGAUGAAAUCACUAGAUCACAAUAAAUAUUUACACUA